AUAAUAGUUAAAUAAUAAGUUUGUUAAAAUUUUUGAAUCUUAUUUAUAAUUUACAUACGAAUUUUUAAAUUGAGCUUUCUGCGUAGCUAUAACAACGAAUAUCAAAACAUGUUCAUAACCUAUACCCAAAAAGAAGAUACAAAAUAAAUAUAAACUACUGUGCAUUUAUUAUAGCAACAAUAAUUGUGAAUAAAUUUUGGAUUAAAAACAAAUGGCAGAUCAAAAUUCCGAAGAAAAUGUUAGAGAUAUUGCUUUACGUUUUUGUUUAGAAGAAGAGCAACGACGUAAAACUAAUCCUAAUGAAACACACGAACGCUCAAUUAUCAUUGUUGGUAGCAAGAGAGUCGGUAAAACUACAAUCAUACAUCGAUUUCUUGAAAAAGACGAAGCACCAAAACCAACUAUCGCAAUGGAUUAUUCUUUUGGACGUAAGGCUGGAAAAAAUAAAAAAUAUCGUACAUGUUUGGGAAGUAGGACAUUUAACUUCUUCGUUAGUAUCAGCAGCAAUGACAGGUUCGUCUUUGACUCAUUCUCCUCAUCAUGUUACGAUAUUGGUUAUGCUGGACUUAUCGCAACCAGAGAUUUUAUGGACCACGUUUGAAGAAGCUCUCUCAGUAGUGCGUAAUGCAAUGAAAAUGAGUUAUGACGAUAAAAUAAUUCAGGAACUUAAAAAACAGCGUAUUAAAGAACGGAAAAAAAUUGUGGAGAGAGAAAUUGAUCCAUUUCCAAUGAGACUUUGUUUUAUAGGUGGAAAAUAUGAUCAAUUUAAGGAUUUAGAUUUGGAUAAAACAGAAUUAAUCAGUAAAACCUUAAGAGCUGUAGCACAUAUUUUAGGAGCAAGUCUCUAUUAUCAUUCUGCAAAAGAUAAGUCUUUAUUACGAAGAACUAAAGAUUUGUUAUCUUAUUAUGGAUUUGGUAUACAAUUUUCUGAUAUCAAGUGUACUGAUUUCGAAAAGCCAUUAGCAAUAUUUGCCGGUACAGACUCCUUCUCGUCGAUCGAUUUGCAAUUUCCUCAAACCAGACCGUCGGCUAUCUUAGAUACUAUCAAACAGAUUUAUGUUACUCAUAUACCACAAGAGUCAAGAAGCAACGAAAUUAUCUUGGAGGAUCCAAGUAACGAUCCCAACUUUAAUGAACCGAUCAUCGACAGAUUACGAACUCAGAGAGAAGAGGAAAUAAAUAUUCUUCUUCAGGAUAUGUUAGAAGGUCGAAUAGCUCAAAUUCCUAUUCCGGAUCCAUCAUAGAAUUAGAUAAUAAUAGAUAAUAAUUCGUUGCAUGGAUUUAAUAUUGUACAUAUUUCCAUUUAAAAAUGAGUAACAAU